UAUGAUCCGCUCUCUCUCCCCCUCCUCCCAUCCUGCCGGUGCUCCCUCCCGCCUCUGCUGCUAGUUUAGCGUUAGCCUCCUCCUCUGAGCUCUCGCCCGUCUGUUGUGACAUCAGGGGAGAAUCCGUCACUUCUUCGCCCUGUCCAAACCUCCAGGAGCCUCCGUCUUCACCCAGAAGCUUCCUGUGGAGGCUGCCUUCUCUCCAGAGGCGCGUCAGAGAUGAGUUUCCUCCAGUGACGCUCCUCUCCACUGUUACCUUCAUCAUGAGUGUGUUGGCGCUCUCUCCUGAUCCUCCGUCCCCCAUGUCUGUCACCCCGACCUUUGACCUCAACCCUGCCACGUGCUCAUCGACGCUCCUGGAUCAUCCGGAGAUGAACCUCCACACCUCCAACGAUUCCGCUGGAGACACCGCGCACAGGUCCAGGAAGCCUCCUCCUCUUCACUCUGGUGCCGACUGGAAAAUUCUUCUCCACCUGCCUGAGAUGGAGAAGUGGCUGAGAGGAACCAGCGGCAGAGUCUCGCAACUGUCCCACUCGGUGGCUCAGGACUCGGAGCACCGACACGUCGACGUCCACCUGGUGCAGCUCAAGGCCAUUUGUGAGGACAUCUCAGACCAUGUAGAGCAGAUCCACGCUCUGCUGGAGACUGAGUUCUCCUUGAAACUCCUGUCCUGCUCUGUCAACAUUAUAGUGGACAUCAGGACAGUGCAGCUGCUUUGGCACCAGCUCCGGGUUUCAGUCCUGGUCCUGAAGGAGCGUCUACUUCAGGGCCUGCAGGACUCCAACGGCAACUUCACCAGACAGACGGACAUCUUGCAGGCGUUCAGCCAGGACCAGAGCCAGACUCGUCUGGAUGCUCUGACCGAGGUGGACGACUGUGGUCAGCUGACCAUCCGCUGCAGCCAGGACUACUUCUCUCUGGACUGUGGAAUCACCGCCUUUGAACUCAGCGACUACAGUCCCAGUGACGAGACUCGGCGAGGGGAGGGGGCGGAGCCUGACUGUGACCAAGAGGAGGGGGCGGGUGCUGAGUCAGAACAAGACGAGGGCGCGGGUUCUGAUUCUGACCGAGAGGAGGGGCCAGGUCCUGACGCUGACAGAGGAGACUGGGUGGAGCCACACCCGAAACAGGAACAGGGAGCAGAGACUGACUCUGACUUGACUUCCCUAGGUUCUACAGGACUCACUGCACGGUGUGACUUACCUGACCCUUGUACCCCGUCCUCCAGCGAGACCAUGUCCAACCGGUGGGACCGUCCUAAGCGGCCAAACUGGAACACCUGUGUGUCUCCUCAGCUCCCCACCCCCAAGAUAGGGACCCUCUCCUCUGACACAGUAUCAGGGCGGGUGGGUUCGGCUGACAUGACCUCAGACCCCCACGUACAGAUCCAACAGGACCAAUUUUCACCAUCGCUACCCGGCCCACCUGACCGAUCCAAGUUCUGGUUGCAGCUGGACUCCAUCAGUCCUGAGCAGAGUCUUCUGGGUCAUGUGGCCCACCGACAGCAGCCGAGGCAGAACCCGAGCGAGGGCGACUCUUGCUCCCCAUUGCCUUCCCCAGUCAGACCCUCUUCGUCAUCAGAGCAUGAGGCCAGCAGUGAGGAUUCAGACCCGAGGCCUUCACCUGUGCAGAACUCAGUCUGGAUCAUUAAACGCCCUGAACCCAAGGUUUCUUCUGGAGCAGCUCUAGACCAGGAGCACUGGUACGGCUCAGAGGAGUUCCUGGCUCUCCCCGCACAACUCCGGAAGCCAGAGUUGCUCAGCAUUCGACUGGAUGAACUCCCACUGGGGCAGGACUCGGCCCGGACCGGGCUCCAGGAUGUGGAUGACUGGGACCUGAUGGACCCGGUUCACCAAGACUGGGAGGAACUUCCAUCUUCACCACAGCUUGACAGCGAGUGGUCGAGCCCCGCCUCUCACACCGACAGCCCUUGUCCUCCGGACAGCAGCCUGGACCCGGGCCCGUUCAGUGACCUGCAGUCUGAUGAGGACGGGCAGGAGGGGUCCAGACGAGGAGGUCUGUCUCUGCUGCAGCAGCUGCUGGACGACAUCCAGAGUCGCUGCGGGGACCAAGACGUUUGGACCAAGAUCGAGCGCUUCGUGUUUCGACUGGAUGCCUUCAUCCGGUGGCUGCAGGAGUCCCUGGACCGCACAGAGAACUGGACCCCACCCAGACAGGACGUGGACAGUCUCCGAGUAUACCUGGACACACACCUGAGUUUCAAGAUGAGUGUGGACAGCAGAGCUGAGCUGAAGGACAAAAUCAUGGAGGAGGGACGGGAACUGCUGACCAUCAUCCCUCAACAGACAGGUGUGACGGACAUUCUCCUCAUGGUGACCUCUCAGUGGGGUCAACUUCAGCGGCAGAUCCGCCGUCAACACGGCUGGAUGCUCCGCACUCUACGCUGCAUCCAGACACACCUCCUGUGCAGUGACCAACCACAGGAGACUACUGGGGACACCUCGACCAAUCAGGACGCCCCAAGCCCGGCCAAGUACCAGCAGGUGCGUGGUCCGUGUGAGGUCCAGCAGGCCGUUCUGGAGCAGAUGAAGAACCAGCUGAGCCGCCUGAAUUCCCACUUCUCCACCGGUAGGAAGCAGCUGAGGCAGCCGGCCAACAGCAGCAGCCUUCAAGAGUUUGAGGUGGAGUACCAGGAGCUCUGGGAUUGGCUGAUGGACAUGGACGCCAUGGUAACGGACAGCCACCAGCUCAUGAUGUCAGAGGAGCAGAGGCUCCACCUCUUCAAGAGCAGCCACACGGACCUCACCAUGAUGGACAGCAAGAAGCUGAAUCUUCUGGGUCGAGGUGAGGCUCUCAAGAGAAGUGGAACCAAACUGCCAAGUGAUUUUCACCAGAAAUUACACGACCUGACACACACCUGGACACAGCUGGAGAAGAUCUUAUCAGGACAUUCAGCAGCGAGCUCCUCCCACCAGGUGCGACCUGCUGGCUCACUUCUGGUCUGCAGGGAAGGGUCAGAAGAUGCACCACCCCCAAUGUCGUUUCCACUGACUGCUGACCUCCUGCAGCAGCUGGAGGCCAGAAUUAAAGAGCUGAAGUCGUGGUUGAGGGACACGGAGCUUCUGAUUUUCAACUCCUGUCUGAGACGAGACAAAGAUGCUGGCCAGCAGCUGCUCAGCUUCCAGUCGCUGUGUUCAGAGAUUCAGUCCCGGCGAAGGGGAGUGGCCUCGGUUCUGAAACUCUGUCAGAAACUGCUGCAGCAGAACCUGGUGGGGCCCGUAGAGGAGGUGGGCCCCGAGGCGGAGCAGCACUGUGAGGCCCUGCAGCUGCUCUCAAUAAACCUGGAGAGGAGAUGGGAGGCCAUCGUGAUGCAGGCCCUUCAGUGGCGCAACCGUCUGAGGAGACAGCUUGGGGAGACACAGGUCCCUGAGAGCCUCCUGGAGCCGGCAAUGGUAGACCUGCGUCAAUCAAGUCCCCCUCUUCCGGGGCCAGUGGCGCCAGAGGAGUCAUGGGAGUGGGAUGAGACGGACCUGUCCAUCACUGAACCAGACCUGACUCAGAAUCUUCCCACAGAACAGGCCACUCCCCCCACCGCUACACGCCCCUCCAACGUCUACCAAGUGUUCAGCCUCCACAGCAUGGAGUUGGACCAGCGACCUCCCAUCCCCUCUGCUCUUCAAAAAACAGAAGCCCUGGGCUCCUGUAAGGACUCCUCCUUCUCCUCCCUGGAAUCACUCCCAGACCUCCUUGGGGGUCUGAUGCUGAGAGGCAGUAGUGAGGGAGAGGGGAGCAGUGAGAGGGAGAGCAGCGCUGAACUGGGGUGGAGCAGCGAGGGGGUGGACAAUGGUCAACCAUCGGAGAGCGACAGCGGGAUUGUAAGUGAUGCAGGUGAUGCAGUGGGAAUCAGUGGAGAGCAGAAGGUGAGGCAGGGGGAGGUGAGGAGAGGAGGAAGUGAGGAGUGGAAGAAGGGAAGUGGAGAACAAAGAGGAGUGAGAUUAGCAGCAGAGGAAGCAAAAGUAGUGGAAGGAAAAACUGGAGGUUUAGUAGCAGUGGGAGGGGGGGCGGAAGGGGUACCCCAUUCAGGAGGGACGGGAGAGGGAGCAGAGGGGAUCCUGGCGCUGGUUCAGUCCCAUUUCAGUGGGAAGCUGCCACCAAGCCCGCUGAGUCUGAGGGGUCCAGAGCUCACCCAGGAUCUGCAGUCGACCCCGACUCCGUCCCUGGGGUCACUAGAGUCCCUGCUGGCUGAGGGGGUCGACUUGUUCCCCGCACAACAAAGCUGCACCCCUGUGCCAAGCACUUGGACCCCACCUUCAACGGCAGAGACGGAGGCGGAGUCUGGGGAACUAAGCCGAAGAACUCUGGACCUCCUGAAGUGUUUGGAAAAUGUUCAGCGCCCCCCGGUGGCCAAGAUGACUUCCAGCGUUUCUGACCAAAUGCUCCGCAGCCAUAGCCGGCUGAUCUCCUCCCCGUCACUAGGUGGCGUGGCCCACCUCUCAGGCCAGUCUGAAAACUCGUCUCUCGCCUCAGAAGACACGCCCCAGGGCCACCUCUGUCCUGACUCCGCCGCUGAGGGCAGCACCCACCGGAAGUGCUGCCGUGUAACUGGCCCUAAAGGAACCGGACUUGAGGAGCUAGACGCAGCAAACUUGAGCAUGUUGGUCAACGUGUCAGCCUGUACAGACGAAGAAGAAGACGACCUCCUAUCUUCCUCCUCACUGACUCUAACAGAGGAAGAGUUCGGGGUGAGAGAGGGGGAGGAGGAUGAGCACAACAGCACGACCCCUGGUCAUGAGGAGGAUUACGAGGCCGCGAUGGUGGAGCUGGAGUAUAUGCAGAAGGAACUUCAAAGCUGGGCCAGACCAUCUCGUGGUUCUUCCUCCUCAAAAUCAGAGCUUGGGCUCAGCGACGAGCUGCAGUGUAGCUCCUCUCCUUCCAGCUCCUCCGCCUUCUCCAUCUCUUCCAUCUUCUCCUCCACAUGUAAGAAUGACGGCGCCGAGAGAGUGAUUCAAAAGUCGGAUCAGGAGGAGGACUUCAGGAGCAGCAGGAGCCUCUUAAGCUGCUUUGUGGAUGACGUGGAGAACGGCAACGUGGAGCAGAGUGGUGUGACCGGGCAAGACGAGGACGCUGAGCUCCUCUGGGAGGAGACAAGCACUUUCACUCGGACAACUGUUCCCUCCCUGCUCUCUCCGUCCUGCGAGCUCUCUGGUCCCGCCCAUCAGACCUCUCUGCUAGUGGGGCAGCUGAAGGGGGAGCUGCCGUGUCACAGCUCCUCCACCGUGUCUUUAUUCUCAGUGGGGGAGAACGGAUCCAGCAACGAGGGGGGGAGAAGAGCCAUCAACAUCCAGGAAAAGUUCAAGUUCUCCUCUUUGGUCACGGAGAAGAGCCAGAGGGAGGUUCAUGACUUGGGAUUCCCUCGGCACCCCAAAGACUACCGCUGCUGCUGUGGCUCUGUCAGACCCCCGGAACCCACCAAGAAGACUGACUCAACUCACUUGAGCACCAGCAAUGGUUUGGACCAAAGACCAGGGGCUCAGAUCAGAGAGAAGGUGAUGAAGCUGUCGCACCAGUCGCUGCACCUCCACCAGGAGGACUUCUAUUCCUACUUGUCUCUUUCCUCCCAUGACAGCGACUGUGGAGAAGUCAGUCUGCGCUCUGUGGCCAGCCCCAGCCCUUCCUCUACUCCUCCACUGGGUCCAGACUCGGACAGAAAAGACCCAGUGAUACCCACCAGUCCAGACAUUCGGGAUGAGGAGAUGCUGUUUCCCGCUUGUACCGAGGAGGUGUACCUCGGACCCCCUCUCUGUUAUAGCAUGGAGAUCAGUCUGGACUCCAGGUCCCAGAUGUUGAGAACUCCUGACUCGACCUCAAAGCCUGCUCCUGGGACCUGCGAGGACCCACCUCCCUUCCAGGGUGUCGUCGCUGCAAGCCGCAGCCGGGAGAAGAGGAGUAAUGACGCGCCCCCUUAUCUUAAUCCCAGGCCACGUGUCGCGCUGAUAGACUCCUCAGCCGAGAAUUUGGUAGAUUCUAAAACGCUCCCGUCCAAUAUGGCUGCCGUAAUGACCGAGAUAAGUGUCAGCGGUGCCACGACAAAUCCCUUAAAAGAGCCUUCCGCCGUCGCAGCACACGUUAAUCCCAAAAUUAACUUCUCUGCGAUGAGAAAGGACGAUAGGAUGGAGGAGGCCCGGAGAGGAGGAGGAGGGGGGCAGGGAGGAGGCAAGAGAGGGGAGGAGCUCACAGCCCUCAGCGGCAGCAGCGAGGCAGAAUCGUUUCGUUAUCACAGCGACGUCCAGACUCCAGCGGCGGGGGGCGCUCCGCUCGUCUGCACCCGAUGACCUGCUCUCUCUUUGGGCCGCGUCCGGACUCUUCAGGAGUCAAAACUAAUGACUGUCUCCCACCUUGUUUUUCAUAUUUCCAGUGGUCACAAAUUGAGAACAUAGCCAUCAUUGAGGUUCUCCUCACGGGUCUUGUCCGGGUGCGUCAGCGCACAUCUCUUCACCGACACAUACAAAUUAGUCAGCGAGGAAGGUGGACGCCUUAUUUGCAGCUAGGGGGCCCUAGUGAGGGGUGGAGCUGAUGAGUUGUUUGGAGAGCAGGGUACGUGAAGACAGAAUUUGAAUUUCAGUUGUGCGCCUUCGUGUGAAGCUUUUUUAAGAUUUGGUACGUGUCUCUUUAAAAACAAAGCGCUUGUCACGACCGAAGGACGACAUUUACUAUGCAAAAUGACCAAAGCAAGCCGACACUGUACCUGCCAUGUUUUUUGCCGGAGGACGAGGGUCAUGCGGACAUUUUCGUGUUUCCAACAAAAGCUUUGAAGAUUAUCCACAGAGAUAGCUGGUGUGCCUUUUUGUUAUACGCACGGAUCAUAGUUCGGCGACUUGCACGCGGAGUUAGCUGUGUCGCUGUAGGUAAGUGUUCGGUGGAGGUAGGGAUCUGUUCCGGGGCUGGUUAGUGUCAUUUGUGAUGUCAUAGCUUUGUUAAUACUCAUGUCUACAGGACUGCAUGACUCUGAUGUAAAUUCAUUUAGAAAAAAAUAAUAAAGUUCAUUAUAAAAAAGCUAAGAUCUUCUUCAGUUUCUGGAUCAAAGAUGGAAUAAUGUGGUGGGUCUGCAUACCCCACACCAAUAGAGGCAACAAAGAUCUUUAUGUUUCGGAAUAAAAUCCUCAGACAACCAGCAAGAGUGAAUGAAUAAACAUGAGGGAGGAUGUUUGCUAUUAAGCUGAAUCUGAAUGAAGUGUGGCGCGUGAGUCGGGGUGGCACAUGACUGCGUGUGACAUCAUCAAUGAAAGCGAUGAAAGACUGUGAUACUUUCUGGAGACCUGAGGAAACAAAGCUCAUCAACCUCACCCCAGGACCGUGUCUUGAAACAUAAUGUGUGUGAGAGGAAGCGUGUGUGUGCGUGUGCGGGCAGCAGUGUGUAUGAUCUAAUUCCUCACAGCAGUUAAUUCAUCAUCAGUCAAACGUUUCAGCUUCCAUUACAGCGACGUGGUGGAGAUCUGAAGCUCAGUGCUGACCUUCGACUCGAGCCAGGCGACAGCGC